AGAGUUGGCGCGGGUUCUGCGCUCUGAUGUUUCCGGUAACCUGCGGAGAGCAGCUGGGCCGAAGUUCACCGCGUUUUCCUCAUCCUCAGCCUCCUCUACCGGGACAUCCCGCUCACCGGGACCGGCUUCACUCGCCACGGAGCUCGGGAACUCAUUUACCAUUACAUGAGAGAGACAGUGAGCGCUGACAGACGCUUUAAACCUCAGCAGACACUCGGAACGAUGCUAGCAAGCUAACAGCAUCCUGUCGCGCGGACCGAGAAAUCAAAAUAAUGUCUUUUAUUACUUCUAGUUCAUUUAUACUAGUUUUAUAAAGUGAAUGUGCUUUUUGCUAAGGCGCACGUGUGGUGUCGUGUGUUAGCGACAGUAGCACAUGUUGUUUAUAGGUUACAGGUGAUUUUAUGGCUUGAUUGUUAUCUCUAUAUAGUAACGUUAUAAGAGUCCGCAUCACAUUAGUGUGAAUUAAAGUGAAUGUCAGCUCACAGUACAGACAUUCAUACUCCUAGUGUUUAAAUAUAAUUAUGAUCAGAUCUGGACAGUAAACAGGUUGAGGAGUUUUUAUAGACUGAUCUGGGAACUUACCAGCUCGAUGACAAGCUGUAAAUCAGUUAUUAUACAGUAAAGCUCAGUCUGAGCUCGCUUUAGAUUAAAGGUCUCCUCAGCCUUUUCAAACAUCAGCCAUGGCUCCGAAAAAGAGACCAGAGCCCAUAGUUAUAACCGGAUCCGGAGAGGCACAGACGACCUCUACAUCCAUCGAUGCAGCUUCAGAAGCGAAUCUUGAGACCCUACAGAAGAAGCUGGAAGAGCUGGAUUUGGAUGAGCUGCAGAAGAAGCGUCUGGCAGCUUUUCUCACGCAGAAAGCCAAUCUGGGCGAGCUGAAAGAUGAUGAUUUCCAGCAUAUCUGUGAACUGGGAGCUGGAAAUGGAGGUGUGGUUAAUAAAGUGUGCCACAAACCCUCUGGCCUUGUAAUGGCCCGGAAGUUAAUUCAUCUGGAGAUCAAGCCAGCCAUCAGGCACCAGAUCAUCAGGGAGCUGCAGGUCCUGCAUGAGUGUAACUCUCCGUACAUCGUGGGUUUCUACGGGGCGUUUUACAGCGACGGGGAGAUUAGCAUCUGUAUGGAGAACAUGGACGGAGGCUCUUUGGAUCAGGUUCAGAAAGAGGCUCGCAGAAUUCCAGAGGAGAUCUUGGGGAAAGUCAGCAUAGCCGUUUUAAGAGGUCUCGCUUACCUUCGAGAAAAGCACCAGAUUAUUCACAGAGAUGUGAAACCUUCAAAUAUUCUGGUCAAUUCCCGCGGGGAGAUCAAACUGUGUGACUUUGGCGUGAGCGGGCAGCUCAUCGACUCAAUGGCCAACUCUUUUGUAGGAACGCGCUCGUACAUGUCGCCGGAGAGGUUGCAGGGCACUCAUUACUCGGUGCAGUCAGACGUGUGGAGUAUGGGUCUCUCUCUGGUGGAGCUGGCCAUCGGCCGCUAUCCCAUUCCUCCACCCGAUGCCAAGGAGCUGGAGGGCAUCUUCGGCAGGGUAGUGAUGGAUGUUCGGGAGACAGGGACACACAGUACGUCUGCUCGACCCAGACCCCCCGGCAGACCCGUCAGCGGUCACGGGCCCAUCAUGGCUAUAUUUGAGCUGCUGGAUUAUAUAGUCAAUGAGCCGCCCCCUAAACUCCCUCAUGGCGUCUUCACUCCUGAUUUCCAGGACUUUGUGACCAAAUGUCUGAUUAAAAACCCUGCAGACCGAGCGGACCUGAAGAUGCUGAUGAAUCACACAUUUAUUAAGCGCUCAGAGGUGGAGGAGGUGAACUUCGCUGGAUGGUUGUGUAAAACGGUGGGGCUCAAUCAGCCCAGCACACCCACCCAAACAGCUGAAUGACACACACACACUCUCUCUUUCUCUCUCUCACACACACACUCACAC